AGCCAACCCAGCCACUCAGCAUGUCGCCGCGGGUUGGCGACUGUGAUUGGGGAACCACGGUUUGCACUUUGCGCGUGGCCGUCCACCUACACAUUUGAAUCAUUGAUAUCCAUUGGCGCAUCGCAAUCGUCCAUUGCAGCCCGCACGCACUUCGAGCAGCGUCAUUCCUUUGUCCUCCUUCCCUUCAUACCACUCUCGUUAGACUUUAGCACGUGCAGCCCACACAAUGGCUGAUGACUCGAGCCUCGAGCACGACGUCGCCCUGGUGGACCAGGCCGCUAACCCCGGCGCCGAUGUUGACAUGACCGAGGACGCCGACGCCGGCGAGGGUGAGGUCGGCGAUGCCAGCGAGCUUCCUUUUGCUGAGGGUGAGGAGGCCGACAACACGCCCCGCGUCACCUUCAUGAGCUAUCUCUCCAGCCCCGUCGUCACCCUCAUUGUCGGCCAGGGCGACACGGCCGCCGUCCUGACCGCGCAUCAGUCGCUCCUCGUCCAAAGUCCGUGGUUCGCGCAGGCCUGCGAGCAGUUUACCGAGGAUGGCAGUCCCCGUCAGAUUGUCCUGGACUCUGACGAUGUAGACGCCGUGGGCAGCUUCCUCGAGUAUCUAUACACGGGCGAUUACUUCCCGCGCAAGGUCGCAGGCACUCGCUCGCUCGAGCAGGACCCGUCGCUGCCGGCAGUCGAUGAGUCCGGCGAGCAGCUGCUGCGUCACGCGCGCAUCUACACGCUGGCCGAGAAGUUUGGCAUCGAGAAGCUCAAGAGCCUCGCCACCAGCAAGAUCCACUGCGUCAACUCGACGGCCAAGGGCGAGAUCACGUACGCCCGCUACGUCUACAAGUACACCACCAAGGACGACUCGACCGUCCGCGCCCCGAUCGCCAACUUUUGGGCCACCCGCAGCCACACGCUGCGGUCAGAGGCCGAGGACGAGUUUCGUUCGCUGUGCUUGGAGUUCCCCGAGUUCGGUUACGAUGUGCUUACACGUGUUCUGGAUGAGAAACUCAAGCGCGAAAAGAAUGAGAAAAUGCACCCUGCAUCGAGUAGUGCUCGCAAGCGGGCGCGUCAUAGUGGUGUUUGAGCCUGAGACUGGCUAGCUGUGUGGUUUUUCGCAGGUGCUGCUUGUAAGAUGGCGUACGAUGGAGUGCAUUGGACAGACAAAGGUCGGGUGCUCUGGAACAGUGAGCAUUAUCUACUUCGAAGGCACACAGGAUGGAGGCCGUAAAUGCGAGAUGACGCAUCGCGGCCUCCUUUGGUGUAAUACAAGAAAGCGCUGUCGGCAAGGAAUUCCGGGUCUCGGGACACCGGUGGGAUUUUGUUUGGCCAGGGACAUGAAGAGAGAAUUAGCUCCACAUAGCUGGAUAAUGCAUUUAACCUCAAAUCAAGCGCGGUCGGAAUUAAUUGCGACCCAUUUUAGCUUGCGAGGAGCUGCUCUUGUACACAUUGGACCACACAACGGGAUGACUUUCUCUGAAGCACUUGGGAGAUCGC